AGAAGAAGAAGAGAAGAGAGAGAGAGAGAGAGAGAGAGAGAGGAAAAGAGAUAUAGAAAAGCGAUUUGAAGACGUUAAUGAUUUGUAAAAUGGCAGUUUGCAUGUUUUGGCUUCUCACUUACGUGGGACAGGGGCUGGAUCUGGCGGUGGGCAAUCGACCCGUGAUCAUACAAGUACAAGGAACACAGGGACUCGAUUAUCGUCACGGAAGCGGUAGCAUUAGAAAGAAGAGCGAGCUGAGUUCGGUAGGUGGAAAUUUGUUCCAUUUUAGGAUAUACCCUUCCGAUGGUCCCCACCGGGACGACCUGUCAAAUUGGCUGGUCUUCAACGACGAGCCGCAAUUAUCCUCGUGGUCGCCCGCGGGUAUGCUGAUCGACGACAUCGUCAAGGAGCCGCGGGAGCUCCAGAACGUAUUCUUUGCUCUGUCGCCCGCCAUGCUGAACGUCCUCUAUAACGAGUACGUGACAUCAUCGCAGCCACACGCCGCAACGCAGCCCCACGUCGCGGAGCCCUACGUUCACGACGAGGGCAAUCAUCUGCUCGGCGGCCGGCAGGCCCAUCAGCGUCCGAAGAAACGGCGCAUCGGAUGCCGGCAUCCGUUGAGGGGCCCGCUCAGUCUGCCGAUACUGGUGUGCGACGAGGCCGGCAAGAAGGCUACCAUUCAGGAACCUAGACAAUCGCAUCACGACGAUCUCUACGCGGAGCAGAGAUUUAACACUGCGACGAGUACGAAGACUGAUCUCGCGCGCGCCGAGGGCGGCACCCCGCUUAACUUACCUACGAAUGACGGCUUCGCACCGAGGGCCUUCGCUUACGAGACUAGCGGAAACAAGUUACCCGGAAGCAAGCGGAAUCAGAUCGUGAUCGAACGGCGUUCGAUCGAUGCGCAGGGGGAGUCCCCGGGACAUCAGGCUCAAGCGUCCUCGGCACCCUCGACGUCAUCCGCCGGUGCGAGCAUCGCCUCGCAGCUCAUGCUGAGAUCUAUCCGGGGAAGCAUACAAUACGACGUCCCGCAGAUUGGUAAGUACUAAUAAUAUAUUAAUAUUACUAGUAAUAAUAUUACGGA